UCCCGCCAACGAUGAAAUUCGUUGAAUGCAAGCAGGGUCCGACAAAGGCACGAUUGCUCAAGUUUAGGUGACGGUUAUAACCUGAAGAUACGGUAGCUUCCUUUCUUCUAUUCUCAAGUUCCAUUCAAGAAAAAGACUCGUAGCCAUGGUUGGAAUCACAGAUACAAAUGAUGGAAAAAUUCUGGAAAAUACUGGCUACCUUUACAAUGAGAUCGCUACAAAUUAUCCAUCAAAUAAUUAUACACAGUUGUGCAAUGAACUGGGCGUUAGGUUUGCUGAAUCACAGAGCAUUUUACAAAGGCACCUUUUAAAUUCUAAGAAAGCCUUGAAAGAGGUUUUCAAUAUUUGGGAAGCGAAAGGAAAUGCGAAAGGAAAUGCGACCAGAGCUAAACUGGAGUCUGCUCUGAAGAAGGCUGAAACCGGUGCACUAUGUUCCAUAGUAGCGAAGCACUUUGCAAAUGUUGAAGUUCAUGAAGAAGAGGAGGAAUCUGAUGAAUCUGAUGAAGAUGAAGUUCGUGAAGAAGAGGAGGAAUCGGAUGAAGAUGAAUCUGAAGAAGAAGAAGAGGAGGACUCAGAUGAAGGUGAUUAG